CUUCGGCUGGAGCGCAUCGGCCCGGCGCACUGCGAGAGGCCCCGCGCCCUUCUGCCUUCCUCGUCGCUCCCUUCCCGGCCCCGGCCAUGUGAGGCCCAGGAGGCUGCGGUGCCCUGUGGCCCAGGGCUGAGACCGGGCGGCAGGUGCCUGUGAGGCGGACGGGUGCCGGGGGGUUGCCCAGCAGGAUGGAGGAGAGCAUGGAGGAGGAGGAGGGGGGCAGCUACGAGGCGAUGAUGGACGACCAGAACCACAACAACUGGGAGGCCGCCGUGGACGGCUUCCGGCAGCCUCCGCCACCCCCGCCGCCGCCGGCGUCGAUCCCGGCCCCUGUGCGAGAGCCUCCGGGGGGACACCUGCUGGCGGUGCCCGCGGCCUCGGUGGACAGGAAAGGCCCCAAAGAGGGGCUCUCGAUGGGGCCGCCGCCCGAGGCCAACGGGGUCAUCAUGAUGUUGAAGAGCUGCGACACGGCCGCCACGGUGGCCAAGGCGGCGCCCGCCCCCAAUCCCAGCUCCACCAUCAACAUCAACACCUCCACCUCCAAGUUCUUGAUGAAUGUUAUAACUAUUGAAGAUUACAAGAGCACAUACUGGCCCAAGUUGGAUGGUGCCAUAGAUCAGCUGUUAACCCAGAGUCCGGGCGACUACAUCCCCAUCUCCUAUGAGCAGAUAUACAGUUGUGUGUAUAAGUGUGUGUGCCAGCAGCACUCGGAACAGAUGUACAGUGAUCUGAUCAAGAAGAUAACCGAUCACUUAGAGAGAGUCUCCAAGGAGCUGCAGGCCAGCCCACCAGAUCUCUAUAUUGAAAGAUUUAAUAUAGCUCUCGGGCAGUACAUGGGAGCAUUGCAGAGCAUUGUGCCUCUUUUCAUAUAUAUGAAUAAGUUUUACAUCGAAACCAAGCUUAACAGAGACUUAAGAGAUGACCUUAUAAAGCUGUUUACGGAACAUGUUGCAGAAAAGCACAUUUACAGCCUGAUGCCUUUACUUUUAGAAGCCCAGUCAACACCAUUUCAGGUCACACCUUCAACUAUGGCGAAUAUUGUGAAAGGCCUGUAUACUCUCAGACCAGAGUGGGUUCAGAUGGCUCCAACUCUUUUUUCUAAAUUUAUUCCCAAUAUCCUGCCUCCGGCGGUGGAGUCUGAACUUUCAGAAUAUGCUGCUCAAGACCAGAAGCUUCAAAGAGAACUCAUUCAGAACGGUUUCACAAGAGGUGACCAGUCCCGGAAGAGAGCUGGGGAUGAGUUGGCCUAUAUUCGUCAGCAUGUGCAAGUUCCAGGGGUUACAGAUAGUGAAUGUCCUGAGCCUUUUUCCCGUCCCGAGGAGGACACACUGGAGACUAUUCAGAGCACAGCGGGGCCUGCCAUGCUCAGGCGCGCAGGCGCAGAGAUGCUCUCAGAAGAAGAUGCCGGACCUCUUACUUUGGUUUGCAAUUUUAAAUAACAAAAAAACUAACAAAAAACAUAAAACAGUUGCUGCUAGACUUGGGGGUGAUUUUGAAAUGGGACAAUCUUUUCAUGACUUUACUACAGAGUCUGUGAAUAGCAAGCAUCUUGGAAAGUGACCCUUGCUAAGUGAAAUCGGACAGCCAAAUUCAGCAGCUUCCUCCAAAAAUAUGAGAAUUUGAGUGGAA